CACACACACACUAUAAGGACGAGCUAUAACUAACAUUAGUGUUAAUUUUCUUCAAAUAUUACCUUUUUAUAUUGAUCAUCUCUUCCGGUUGAUCAUGAAUGCUUUAGCAGCAACAAACAGGAACUUCAGGCUGGCAGCUCGCCUCCUCGGCUUGGAUUCUAAGCUCGAACAGAGUUUGCUCAUCCCCUUCCGAGAAGUCAAGGUAGAGUGUACGAUACCGAAAGAUGAUGGCUCGUUGGCGUCUUUCGUCGGAUUUCGAGUCCAACAUGACAAUGCCAGAGGCCCCAUGAAAGGCGGAAUCAGAUAUCAUCCAGAGGUUGAUCAUGAUGAGGUGAAUGCAUUGGCACAGCUAAUGACAUGGAAAACAGCAGUGGCUAACAUACCAUACGGCGGAGCAAAAGGAGGGAUAGGGUGCAACCCGGGAGAGCUGAGCAUCUCUGAGCUCGAGCGGCUCACUCGCGUUUUCACUCAGAAAAUCCAUGAUCUCAUUGGGGCCCACAGAGACGUCCCCGCUCCUGACAUGGGCACUGGUCCCCAGACAAUGGCUUGGAUUCUGGACGAGUACUCAAAGUUCCAUGGCCAUUCCCCUGCCACUGUUACAGGAAAACCAAUCGAUCUUGGUGGAUCUCUGGGCAGAGACGCAGCAACAGGAAGGGGAGUUCUCUUUGCAACAGAAGCUUUGCUUAAUGAGCAUGGGAUGACCAUUUCUGGGCAGCGCUUCGUCAUACAGGGGUUUGGGAAUGUUGGUUCCUGGGCUGCUCAACUCAUCAGUGAGCAAGGUGGGAAGGUGGUUGCGGUUAGUGAUGUCACUGGUGCCCUAAAGAAUGAGAAAGGGUUAGACAUCCCUUCUCUGGUGACUCAUGUGAAUGAGAACCAUGGCGUGAAAGGUUUUCAUGGUGGAGAUGAGAUGGACCCGAACUCUAUACUGGUCGAAGACUGUGACAUUCUAAUCCCAGCUGCCCUUGGAGGUGUCAUUAACAGGGAUACUGCAAAAGACAUCAGAGCCAAGUUUAUCAUUGAGGCCGCUAACCAUCCAACUGAUCCAGAAGCAGAUGAGAUUUUGGCAAAGAAAGGUGUUGUAAUUUUACCAGACAUCUAUGCAAACUCGGGGGGAGUAACUGUCAGCUACUUUGAGUGGGUUCAGAACAUUCAAGGGUUUAUGUGGGAUGAGGACAAGGUAAAUGCAGAACUUCAUAAGUAUAUGACCAGAGGAUUGAAAGGGGUGAAGGAUAUGUGCAGAACCCACAACUGCGAUCUCCGUAUGGGCGCAUUUACCCUGGGAGUUAGCCGUGUUGCAAGGGCUACCCUUCUUAGAGGAUGGGAAGCCUGAGAAGGGUAGAUGUGUCCUGCAAUAGGACCCCUAUCUAUCAAGUUCUUGACCUUCAUUAUAUGUCCUGCAGUUGAGUUUUUUUUUUUUUUUGAGUGUGUUGAUGUGCAUCUUCAUUAUGUACUAUUUCCUAAUGAAUAACAGACUUUUAG